AUGCGUCGACGAGAACGUGCCAACGUUGUGGUUCUCUCAUCAGAAGAGAAAUAUUACUAUGCUAAACCUGUGUUCGAGUCUGUGAUGGAGCACCUAGCAGGAUUGGCUACCCCAGCUUCCGUCGCAGCCUUGAAGUCCUGGAAGGACAUUGUUCGAAGCGGGUUGGAGACCGUUGAGGAAGAUUCUACUACCAGUCCUGACGAAAGCGAGGAAUCCGACGAUCCAGACACGUCUGACACCGCAUCCGACAUCACGCCGGCUGAUUUAAUUGACAGCAUGAACUUCAUCCAGGAGUUGGAGCAAAAAAAUGCGGGGUCCGACAGCACGGCUUCAGCCUCUAAGCGAGAGGCUACAGCAGAAAACAAUGAAGCAACAUUGGCGGCAACAUCGAGCAAGACUAGCGGGGCAAUACUAACUAAGUCGACGUCAAUGUCCUAG